AUUGGUAAGUCACUUUUUGGUUCUACACCUUCAAUUUUAACUUCCAUAUGGUCGAACCAAGUUCACUUUUGUUUUUCUUCACACUUCAUCUAUUAGUAACAGUGGUAAUUUCAGGGGAAUUCACUAUAGUUAACAAUUGCAACUACACAGUGUGGCCAGCUUCAUCUACUACUACUAGUGGAAAUGCAACACUCGCAACCACUGGAUUCAUUUUAAAACCUGGUGAAAAUUCCACAAUCACAGCACCUCCUGACUGGGCGGGGCGUUUCUGGGGACGGACUCUCUGUACAACGAAUUCCAUCUCCAGAAACUUCUCCUGCGUCACUGGUGACUGUGGAUCCGGCAAAGUAGCAUGUGAUGGCCGCAAUGGAUCGUCACCUAUGACAAUAGCUGAAUUCUCUUUGGACAGUGUUAAGAAUCAAGAUUUUUAUGACAUCAGCUUAGUAGACGGUUAUAACAUCCCAAUAAAAGUGAUUCCGUUAGGUGGUUCUGGAAAGUGUAACAGCACGGGUUGUCCUACCGAUUUGAAUGCGGUGUGUCCAACAGAGUUGAAAGUAACGAACAAUGGGACAGUUGUGGCGUGUCAUGGUCCUUGUGCUGCUUUUAAUUUGCAGUUUUUCUGUUGUGUUGGGAAUCAUUCAACUCCAAAUACUUGUGAGCCGAGUGUGUAUGCUCAGAUAUUCAAGACGACUUGCCCUCAAGCCUAUAGCUAUGUGUAUGAUAAUAAGACCAGCACGUUCGCUUGUCCAGCGACCGAUUACCAUGUCGUCUUUUGUCCUGUCACCAAUAAUACCAGCUUAGAAUCAUUGGAUCAAGGUGUGAGUGUGAGUGUUGGUGAGUCACUUACUGCUGGAAAUGAGACAACACGAUGGCUCACUCCUUCAGGAGAUUUUGCAUUUGGAUUUUACCAACUUCCUGAUGAUCUUUUCUUGCUAGCUAUAUGGUAUGACAAGAUACAAGAUGAUACCAUCAUUUGGUAUGCAAAUGGAAACAACCCUGCUCCUAAGGGAUCAAGAUUGGUAUUAAAUGAUUCUCGUGGUUUGGUUCUCACCAACCCUCAAGGUUUACAGUUAUGGAGAUCCGAUUUUACAGGUACAAUUUCUAAUGGUCUAAUGAAUGAUGAUGGAAACUUUCAAUUGCGAGACAAAAGUAAUGUGACAAUAUGGGACAGUUUCAGUCAUCCUACGGAUACAUUAGUUCCUAAUCAGGUAAUGGAGUUAAAUGGGAAUCUUUUUUCACGGCAAGGAGCGUUAAACUUCUCACACGGAAGGUUCAAAUUUCAUCUACAAGAGGAUGGAAAUCUUGUACUUAACGUUAUAAAUUUGCCAAGCAACUAUAGUUAUGAUCCUUACUACAAAUCUGGCACAAGUGAUGAUGAGAAUCAAACAAAUGCUGGCCAACGUUUGAUAUUUGACAAAUCAGGUUUCUUAUACAUAGAGAAAAUAGGAGGGAAUAACUUUUCUAUUUUCAACCUGAAUGUGAGAUUCUCAACUGAUGAGUUCUACUACAAAGCAACAAUUAAUUAUGAUGGAGUUUUCACCAUAUCAGUUUACCCUAAAGAUCCAAAAAGAGGACAAAGGUGGGUUAUUGCAAAGACUAUACCAGAAAACAUAUGUUUGUAUUCUACAUUCCGAGGUGAAGGUGUAUGUGGGUUUAAUAGUAUUUGCACCAUUACAAAUGACCAAAGGCCAAAUUGUACCUGCCCAGACGAAUAUUCACCGAUUGAUUCAAAUAACAUGUAUGCUGGUUGCAUACCAAAUUUUCAAGUUAUUUGUCAAGCAGGUGGGAAUUUGGGUCCACAAGAUAAUCUAUAUACAAUGAAGGAUUUACUAAAUACUGAUUGGCCUGCAUCUGAUUAUGAAUUUAGAAUUCCAUCUAAUUUACAAGAAUGUAAGGAAUCAUGUUUGCAAGAUUGCUUAUGUGUUUUGGUUCAUUUUGACCAAGGUUCUUGUUGGAAAAAGAAGCUCCCACUAUCUUAUGGUAGAAAUGAUCCGGCGGUAAAAGGUAUUUCUAUCAUGAAAUUGAUGAAAAGUGAUCAUUUGUCCUCCUUGUCAAAAGAGAAGAAAGAGCAUGAUACUUUGGUCAUUGUGAUUUCAGUUCUUUUGGGAAGCUCUAUGUUUGUCAUUUUAACAUUGCUCGGGGUGAUAUUUUUUGGGUUCCCCUACAACCGGAAGAAGAACAAAAGUGGUAGAAGCAACGAAAGUUUUGUUGACAAUAACUUGCGAAGGUUUAGCUUCAAGGAAAUUGUUGAAGCAACAAGAAACUUUAAAGAAGAAUUAGGAAGAGGGUCUUGUAGCAUCGUCUACAAAGGAACAAUAGAGAUUAUGAUCAAUGUGGCAGUUAAGAAACUAGAUAAGUUGAUUCAAGAUAGUGAUAAGGAAUUUAAGACUGAAAUGAGUGUGAUAGCCCAAACUCUUCAUAGGAAUCUUGUUCGUCUUCUUGGAUACUGCAAUGAGGGACAACAUCGGAUUUUGGUAUACGAGUUCAUGAGUAAUGGAACUUUAGCGAGCUUUCUUUUCACUUCUUUAAAACCAAAUUGGAACCAACGAGUCCACAUUAUCCUGGGAAUUGCAAGAGGUCUUGUUUACUUGCACGAGGGAUGUUGCACCCAAAUCAUCCAUUGUGAUAUAAAGCCACAAAAUAUACUUCUAGAUGAUCAAUACAAUGCAAGGAUUUCAGAUUUUGGAUUAUCAAAGCUAUUGUUGAUUAAUCAAAGCCACACUGAAACUGGAAUUAGAGGAACAAAAGGGUAUGUUGCACCAGAUUGGUUUAGGAGUGCACCAAUCACUUCAAAGGUUGAUACUUAUAGUUUUGGUGUAUUGUUGUUAGAAAUCAUUUGUUGUAGGAAAAAUGUAGAGAGAGAAUUUUUUACUGAAGAAAAAGGGAUUUUAACUGAUUGGGCUUAUGAUUGCUAUAAGACUAAAAGACUUGACGGUCUUCUAGAAAAUGAUAAUGAGGCUGGCAAUGACAUGAUGUGCUUGGAAAAGUUUGUGAUGAUUGCUAUUUGGUGCAUUCAAGAAGAUCCUUCUCUUAGGCCAACAAUGAAGAAUGUUUUACUGAUGUUAGAAGGAAUUGUUGAAGUUGCAGUUCCCCCAAGUCCCUAUCUGUAUGGUUCUGUAAGUUGUAAUUAGAAUUAGUUUCUUUUCAAGGGAUUUUAGCAUUGUCUUUUGUUUUUAUUUUGCUAAAGCAAUUUAGCAUUUAGCUUUUAUUCAUAUUGAUUUUAGCUUUUAUUUUGCUAAAGCAAUUGGUUGUAUUUAUCAACAAUGAGAAGUUUAUUGUAUGGUAACAGCACAAGAACAAUUAAGAAAUAAGUUUUCUAUUGAUCCAAACAAAUAUUACAUGGUGAAAAUGUCCAAACUAUAGCAGUUCCAUACAAGUUGCUAAGUGUGCUCUUGGGACAUUUUAACAUUUUUUGAUCCCUACUAGCUCGUGAAGUGUUACUUGGGUUUUCACUUUUUAAUUUAACACCUUCAAAAUCGAAUAGUAUAAGGACAUUGUGACCUUUCAGUUUCUUGAA